AUUCAAAAGGAAAAACAACACUCAAAUUAAACAGUUGAAAAACAUUUUUUUCGAAAAAAAGUAGCAAAAAAAAGAAAGAACAAAAUAACAUUAAAAAAAGUUCACUUGUGUGUCGUCGAACGUGUAAUUUUUUCGUGUGAUCGGAUGAAAUCUCAGGAAAUAGUCGCGUAUUAGCAAUUUGUACAUAGACAAGGGAAAACAUACAAACCGAAUAAAAAAACAAACUCGUUUCGAACUGAUCACACAAAAUCUAAUCGGAAACAAUACACGACACAGAGUGCGUUUGAUUUGGCCAAAACACAAAAAGGCUACAAAACCGAAAACACCAACCAAUAAUUGCAACGACAACGAGUUCCAACAGUCUGAACGAAUGCGAUAUGGAAUGUUUGGGGAGAGAAAUCAAACGGAAAUUUUUGAAACACUAAAUAUACUCUCUUUUAUCACCGGAACAAUUAUCAAGUCACAUAGCGCAGAGAGCAAAAGUGCGCGCCAACAAAACCUGUGAGUAGGUGAAAAAGGACACGUAAAAAAUAACGUUGUUGUUAUUCUAGUGCAAAAAUUUGCUAAAACACGAAAAUUGUUUUAGAGUGAAAAUAGCGUGUAACUGUGAAUAUCCGGGGUGUUUGUAAUAUUUAGUGAUCAAAAAACCGUGUGUGUCGAUUAGAAAACACAAAAGAAAAAAAAAAACGGAAAACGACGAAAUAGAAGAAGUGCAUACACGUUACCCCGACCGAAGAAUCAAAACCGCAAUCAAAAACACGCGCUGACAGACUUCAUUACACAACAAAACUGUGCGAGAUAUCAUCAUAAGCACAUCCGUAGAGAGUUUACAAACGCGGUCAAAUGUGAAUGACUAUGGAAUAGAUAAACAGUUGAAAGCGAAUGAUCGAUAAAAAUGUAAACAAGUGCAAUAAUAAUAAUAAUAAUAACAACAAAUACCGUAUAAGUGCAAGGAUAAUUUGCAAAAGGACAUACAAAAUGAGGUAGUGAAAAAAUACGCUCUAAAUGAACUGUUUUCAUGCGAAAAAGAAGAAACAACAGCCGAACAAAACAAACAAGGAAUGAUUCGUGCACAGAACGUUUAGUGUAAUUUAAUUAAAAUUGAGAGAGAUUGUCGCUGCUUACAUACAAAACAAAAUCUAGUUUAUAAUACAAAUGGCAUCAAAAUGGAUCUCCAAUCGCUGGGUGCAUUUCUAUAAGGCUGAAUACUGAUCAAAAUACAAAACUUAAAUGUUUGCUCUAUAUAUUUUACGUUAAAGUAAAACACACACAAAAUCAAAAGCAUUCGGUUUUUUUUGGUCGUUUGUUUCGUUAAGAAUAUGUGUGUAAAGUCAACAAUACUAUUUUUAACAGCAUAAAUUUUCAUGUACCCCCCCCCCUCUCAUCUCAUUUAAACUACACUAUAAUUCGAAUAGAAUAAUUAUUUGUUGUUUAUUUUCAAAGUGUGUAUUCGAAAUAAAUCUCUAUCAGUCAACAUUCGCAUAGCAUAGAUUUUAUUUGUGGACAUAAUGAAAAUGAUUUUUGGUUGAUUUUUCAAAAAAAAAAGUGCUUUGCUCGCAUACAAUAAAAAAAAAGUAAAGAAAUAAUCUUCUUAACACGAUUUUAAUUUACGGCAUUAUUCGACAAAAUACCGUGCGCAUCAGUCGAAUAAAUCGUAUGACAACCAUUAUAUGGUCGUUGUAAUCGUGGUCGGUGUACUGAGUAAAAACGAACUUUUCAAUUUGUCAACAUCAACGCAUGAAGCGAGAACAUUUUUGUUUUGACAUCAGAAGACAAGAAAACAACAAAAAAACCACACGAAGAAAAUUGCGAAAACUAAUCAUCAAGAAUCUAUGUUUGAAAAUACAAAGUGUUGUGACUGUGCACACAGAAUGAAAGCAGUGUUUAAAAUGAAUAAUUUAUGUUUGCGUUGUGCGCAGCCAUCUUAUUUCAAUUACAAAUACGAAAAGCACAUUCACAUCGUUGCAUAAAAAAAGCAGCAGCAACAGCACGAAGCAAACGAAAGGAGCGAGCGAGUGAGCGAGCAAUAGAGAGUUCGAAAAUCGAGUGCCGGCAAUACAAAUACACACAUUCAACGCCGCCGCCGCCACCAUCGCCGCUGCCAAUUAAUUAUGUGGUAAAUUCACUUUAUGUUCAUGUUGCAUAUAAAAUUAAAAUUAAAAUUUAAGCGAAAAACAAAGAGAAAACGAAAUGUGUCAUCAUCAUCGUCAUCAACAAAUCAAGUCACAACGCGCCAACAGAAAUUAAUUAAGUGAAACGAUAACAACACAAAAAAGUAACACAAUACAAACAACCGAAAGACAAAAGAACAGAAAACGUGUUUUAAAUAAAUAUAUUUUUUAAUAACAAUAAAAAAAGACAAGAGCGUAAAAUUAAAAAAAAAAGACCGAAGCAAAAGAACCUUUCACAAAGAAAGUGAAUUAAGGAAAACUUUUGAAAAAAAAAAAAAAAAACGAACAAAUCAAGUGUUGUGAUAAAAUAAAACAAAAAACUUAUAAACUAUGCCCCACAAUAGUCAUAAUUCACAAAGCGCCGGUGCAACUGUCGGUCUGAGCAAUGGUGUUCUAUCGACAAACGGUGGCACCUCAACCACAACCGGCUCAUCAUCGCCCAAUGAUGAGGGCAGCACCGACGAAGUUAAAGUAUUCAAAGACGAAGGCGAACAAGAGAACGAAGAAAUAUCAUCGCAAUCAUUACUAGAAGAGAAAUCAAGUCUGAUCGAUUUGACGGAGAGUGAGGAGAAAAGCGGGAAAUCACAAUCGAGACAAGAGCAGGGUUCAGUUUUUGGAAAAGUUGAUACACAUAAUAACCUCUUCAACUACAUCUCACCUCUUUACUCAUAUCCAAAUGGAGCGGCAUCAAUGGCUAAUAAAAUGGGCUUGCCCAGUUUCUUUUGUCAUAAUGGAGUUGGCGAUCCACUGGCAACUCCACCGCCAGCGCAUUGCGGAAUACCACCCUAUCAACUAGAUCCAAAAACAAUGGGAUUAUCCAGACCACCAAUCUAUCCAUUUCCAACUAGUCAAUAUGCAUAUCCAAUGCUUAGUCCAGACAUGUCACAAGUAGCUUCAUGGCAUACGCCAACAGUGUAUUCGACUGCGAGUGGUUUCCGAAGCUCUUAUCCAACGACAUUACCAAUAAAUACAUCAUUACCAAGUGAUUUUCCAUUUCGGUUUUCACCUGGUUUAUUGCCUUCAGUGCACACAUCACAUCAUCAUGUACUAAAUUCACAUCCAGCUAUUGUGACACCGGGACCAAAACAAGACAUUGUACAGGAUCUUAAUCAUCGAUAUGGCAGAACUGCAUUGGAUCAACAAAAGAACUCACCAAAUAAUAUGCACAUACAGCAGCAACCACACCAGCCCCACCAUCACAGUCAACAGCCGCAGCAUCAAACUCAUCAGCAAACGCAUCCCCAACACCAUUCUCAUCAUCAACAGUCCCAGUCACAUCAGUCACAGUCGACUCAUCAAUCACAGCAGGAACAAAUCAACGAAAAGAAGAAACCACAUAUCAAAAAACCAUUGAAUGCAUUUAUGUUAUACAUGAAAGAGAUGCGGGCUAAAGUAGUAGCCGAAUGUACGUUAAAAGAAUCAGCGGCCAUAAAUCAAAUACUAGGACGACGUUGGCACUCACUCAGUCGUGAAGAACAAAGCAAAUACUAUGAAAAAGCAAGACAAGAACGUCAAUUACAUAUGGAAUUGUAUCCGGGUUGGAGUGCUCGCGACAACUAUGGUUAUGUUUCAAAGAAAAAGAAACGCAAAAAAGACCGAUCGCCGGCAGAUUCGGGAGGUAAUAACAUGAAAAAAUGUCGGGCCAGAUUUGGUUUAGAUCAACAAAAUCAAUGGUGCAAACCAUGCAGGCGAAAAAAGAAGUGUAUUCGAUAUAUGGAAGGCGAUAAUGAUGAACGAACAAAUGAUGGUGAUGAUAUGCGCGGCGGUAAUAUAUCCGAUGAUAAUUUGGGUAGUUGUGGUAGCGUUGAUGAUGUUAAAACCCCGCCCGAAGAUGACAUGGAAUCGUUGAAUCAUUCGCUAUCAAGCCCGGGCGCAUUCAGCGGCCUAUCCUAUCUACAAAGUCCAUCGACAAAUUUGGCAAGUCCAUUACGAACGAAUUCUAUACUGUACAAUAGCAAUAAUCUGAGCCAAACUCACACCGAAAAUAGCCAUAACAGCGUCAAUGAUAGUAACAACAACAACAAUCCAAACAAUAGCACCAAUAGUCAUAACAUAAGCAGCAUCAUCAAAUGAUUGUUUCCUUCACACUUUUAUUAGUUUUUUUUUUUUGUUUGUUAAAAAUGAAGAUGAGAAAUUUGUGUGAAUAUGAACUGAAAAUGGGAGUGUUGUUUUUUAUAUAAAAAAAGUUUAAAUUCUAUUCUUAAUGUGAUGUGUUUUAUACGCGUUACUGGAUAAGAGCCACCACACACAUAUAUUUAUAAACACUCCGCGAACCAAACGAAACAAAACAAAAAUUGAAUGCAUUUUGAUGUGAAGCCAUCUAUCAUCUCGGCCUCAAUAACCCCAUGCUGAUGUUUUCUUGUGUAAUUGUGUGUGUAUAAAAUUAUAUGAAAUGAUAUAAAGAAAAGGAGGAUUUUUUUUAAAUAAAACAAAUCGCACGUGAUUGCAAUUCAAUGUGCAAAAAGCAAACACAGAGAAAAAGUAUGUGAACAAGUUUUAGAGAUUUUCAAUUCUAAGAAGCACUUGAGCGCUUUGUUUGUUUGUUUUUUCAUAAAUUACCAACGCUAAUUAUCAAUAAUUUGAUUUUCGAAUCAUUCAAUUUACGAAUAUCCAUUGAAUAGUUAGCAAACAUCGAAAUCAAAAAGUUAGAGACGAACCCAUAGAUGUGUUUAAAACGAUGAAAUUAAUUUAAACAAACUGAAAUAUAGUUUAUUUAGGGCCGAAAUGCUUUACAACGACACAAACCAAACGACAUCUGUGACAGUAGUGAAUUCGUCAAUUUUGCGUAUUGUUUCGAUUGAAAUUCGAAAGACUAUCUCUAUUUCAAACUUUCUCAUUAAAUUUUCGUGAUAUAAAUAUAAAAGAAAAUACCAAGUCACUCAGCGAUCUCUAAAAAAAAGAAUUUCUAUUGCGAAGCACCUUCAAUUUAUUUAGGCUAUUUUUCGAUAAGAGCUUUUGAUUUUUGCCUUUCCUCUUUCUAUCACUCCUUCUCUCUCUCUCUCUCUCCUGCUAAAUUCCAUUUUUUUAAAUGCUAACUCUCUGUCUCUAAUUGAGUUUUUUUUACAAAGUUUCGUUUCGUUUAUUUGAUUUUAUUUUUAUUUUUUAUACAGGGUGAUUUCAUUAGAACAAAUAGUACAUCAAACAGUCCAAUAAGAGGGGGCAAAGCUUAAGCUACACACACAAACCUUCAUUUUGUUUGAACAAAAUUCAUCGUAAUCAUUCGAUUCGAAUCGAAAGAAAUGAAAAACCCUUUGCAAUUCGAGCAUACACACAUACACACACACGCACAUCAAUCGUGUUUAUCGCUUUUCCCAGCACUCACAUCAUCUAUAUAUACAUCUUUAUAUAUAUAUAUAUUUCUCACAAAGAACGAAUAUCUGUUUUUAUUUUAAAUAUAUAUCUCUAUUCUAUUAAUUAUAUAUUAUAGCACUAUACAUAAGGAUAUUAUUCGUUUUUGUUUGGAUACAGUCGAUGAUUUAGUUUCGUUUCGAUCAUCAAUCAAAACAAUAUUGUCAAACCAAACAACAUUUUGGUUUUUGUUUAUUUUGGCAUAAAACUGCUACUGGCACAGAUGUGGUUUUUAAUACAAAGAGUGUAUUUUACGUUUUAUUUUUAUUAAAUUUCUAAAAAAAAUAAUAAUCUGAAAAUCAAACAAACAACCGACACAUUUUGAAUUGAUGCAAUUUAAGGUGAACAUUUUCCAAUAAAUUUUGGCAUGAAUUUAAAAGAGAGAGAUAUAUAGAAAAAAAAACGCGCGUUAAUAGAAAAGAAAGUCCACAUUGCGGUGCAUUUAUUAAUAUUAUGUUUCAAUUCUAAUUUUUUUUUUUUUCUAAAUUACCAAAAUGCAAAAAUUGUUUAUAAUUUACAAAGGGCACGUUCGCUGCAUAAACAAUGAAUAACUGCAUAGACAAUUUGGAAACAAACAAACAAAUAUGUUGUUUUUAAUUUUAUAAUUUGUGAUUCAAAUUGACUUAGAACGAUUUUUUUUAGAUUUUUUUUUUAUUUUUAUCCGUCACCCGAAAUCUAUUUACUGGCGUGACACAUAUUGAGAAGAAAAAUUUAUUUUGUUUAUUUUUUUUUAUUGAAAAUGUUCAGAAAAUUAUUUUAUGUUUUUUUUUUUUUUUUGAAAUUUUGUAUGUGUGAAAAAAUGAAAUGGAAAUUCUCCUGAUAGAGAAAUCUCAACCCGAAAUGCAUUUUUGCGAUGCAAUAGCGUGUCAUUGGCGAACGAUUUUUUUUUAUAGGAAUUUUAAAGCUUUGUAGUUGUCCACUUUUUAAAGCUUAAAAUUCGUGUGCAUUUCAUAAGUGACUCUUGAUGAGUCUGUCGAUGAUUGCAUUUACUAGCCGUGGUCAUUGUAUGCAGAUCGAUGCAAUUUUUCGUUCCCAUCCGCAAAUUUACUCUUUUCGAGUCGGGCGACCGCCUUUUCGCUAAAACUCUCAAUACCAACGGGAGAACAUUCGAAUGAAAUACACACAUACACUUUCAAUGGACAAAUCUUUAGAUUUAUAUAUAUAUAGUACGAUCAAUGUGGUAUUUUAACACACAAACACA